GAGUCGAUCAAAUUUAUCACUACAUUUUGAGGCGGAUUUUCAACCUUUUUAGUCACUGCCUGGAUGCGUGGAGUGGAUGAUUAACAGGAAUGGUGUACAACUUAGACAGCAGGUAAACGUUAACAUCUCUACCACCCAUGGAUCGGGUUGAAGGUCAGAGCUGAGCUGUCUCUGAUACCCAGCCAGUCAACUCCUGCCUCGUCCUCAUCGAGGGCAGAGAGUAGUCGGUAAACAUGGAUAGCUGGCGACCCAACCCCAAGGCCCAGCCGUUCAUUCCCAGAAGAAAUCAUGGCUUCAGCACCAGGGGGUAUUUCUAUCGAACAGCUACAAAGAAAAUGGCAUCAAGGCUCUUCCAGGUCAUCCUGGUCGGGGUUCUCAUGGCAACUGUCAUCGUUAAUAUCCUGUUCAUUGCAGACACGGGAAGGAGGUUGAGAGAAGUACAUUCAGAAGGAGUGGUUCCAGAUGGUGAAACGGAGACAGAUGUGGUUGCCAAUGGCAACUCUUUUGAGAAAGGCCCUCGAGAGCUCGAGAUUGAAGUUCUGUCGAGUGACAAGAAGGCGGCCAUCUCUGUCGGAGGGACUCAGGUUCUUGAAGAAGAAGAGAAAGAUGUUGGGCGGGGCAUUCACAUCUUAGUUCUAAAUCAAGCCACAGGAAGUGUCAUGGCUAGGCGUGUCUUUGAUACGUACAUCUCCAAAGAAGAUGAGGCGAUGGUGUUGUUUCUCAAUAUGGUGUCGGAUGGACGUAUACUCAUCUUUACAAUCAAGGAUGAGGGAACGUUCCAGUUGAAGGACUCUGCCCGAUCUUUCUUGAAGAUCCUUGGGAGCAACGACGCUCAUCAGAUGGGCUGGAGAGAUACGUGGGCAUUCGUCACACAGAAGCAAAAGAAACAUGGCCACCCUUUUGCCGAGAUGUACAAUAAAGCAGCGGACUUAACCCAGUGGGCCUCCCCAGUCAUUCUGAAGACAACCAUUCCUCUCAUUUCGCUCAAAGAAACUGAAUGUAAUUGGCCAGACACUGAAGCCAAUCAGAGGAGACGUUCAUUCUGUAAUCAGGUGGAGGGGUACGGCAGCCUCUGCAGUUGUGACGACCCAGCUCCCAUCGAAAUGAAACCAGAAAAGCUGUUAAACAACACAGUGUGGAAUUUACCGGUAGUGGUUAUAGCCAGCAAUAGACCCAACUACUUGUACCGAAUGCUCAGGUCUUUGCUUUCUGCUCAUGGAGUGAAUCCCAAAAUGAUCAACGUCUUCAUCGAUGGCUACUUUGAAGAACCUCUAGAGGUCAUUCGUCUGUUUGACCUCAAGGGAAUUCAACACACACCAAUAGGGGUCAAAGCAGGUCGUAUCAGCCAGCAUUACAAAGCCAGCCUUACUGCUACCUUCUCUAUGUACCCGAAUGCCAAGUAUGCAAUAAUUUUUGAAGAGGAUUUAGACGUUUCAGAAGAUGUAUUUAGUUAUUUUAGCCAAACAAGUCACCUGCUUGAAGCAGACGAUAGUCUAUAUUGUAUAUCGGCAUGGAAUGAUCAGGGGUAUGAUCAUACAUGUCAUGAUCCAGGGUUAUUAUAUCGAGUGGAGACCAUGCCAGGUCUAGGGUGGCUUCUCAAAAGGAAACUCUACAAGGAAGAGCUGGAACCCAAUUGGCCCACACCAGAAAAGGUUUGGGAUUGGGACAUGUGGAUGCGAUCGCCGUCGGUCCGUAAGGGAAGAGAAUGUAUCAUCCCUGACAUUUCAAGAACGUUUCAUUUCGGCUCCAGUGGCCUCAACAUGAACAGCUAUUUCCAGGAUAUAUACUUUAAGAAGCAUCCAUACAACACAGUACCACACGUGAAGCUAAAAGGUGUCGAUACGAUGACCAAAGAUGCAUACGAAGAGAAGAUGCACAGAUUAAUCAGCAGAGCGACUGUGCUGGAUCAUACAGUGGGUGCCUGCGAGGACCGGUUUAUACCGGAUACCAAGGGCAAAUCCUACGUCAUGUAUAUUCAGAUGUACAAUGAGAACGACUAUGAUACGUGGUUGGCUCUAGCUAAGUGCUUCCGGAUCUGGGAUCUUGAUGCAAGAAAUUACCACAAAGCGUCUUGGCGAUUAUUCAUGAAGGAAAAUGCUUUAUUUAUUGUCGGUUUCCCUGCAUCUCCCUAUGCCAAGUACAAACCUGCCGAUGUAAAACCGAUCUACUUAAAAAAAGAAGCCAAGACUAAACUUCGCUGAGUGAGUCCCAACCUCUCCCAGUGUCUUCAAAUACAGCAGCGACGUUAUUCAGGGAAUGAUUCCAAUCUCAGAUGAUUCUGGCUGCUUAGACUGUGAGUUCAGGAUCGCGGGAAAAGAACUUCCUUAUGUGUCAGUCAAGGAGUAACGUUUGUGCCUACAAGGUCUGUAUUUGAUUUGAUGCUUUAUGGGAGAGUACUUUGUCAACCCCAAUAAUGUUCUACCUCCUACCAGAAGAAUCUUCUUGCUUAGCCGCAAUAUAUGUUUUGGCUUAAUAGCGGGAAAACAUCAUCUGAUGUAAGCAUCAAAUGUUUGCUAGUAGCAAACAAGUAAACCAUGACUCAGGCCGAGAGGUAGUUUUGGAACCAGAUUUAUAGCUGUUUUAGUACGCGGAGCAUAAUUUCACAAAGCUUGUUGUAUAUGUUUAUAAUAAUUUAAAAGCUGGGUCUACUUUUGGUAAUACUGAAAUUUAACUAUGACUUCACAUUAUACAUAACUGCAAGACUUUGCUAUAUAUAGUGGUUAACAAAAACUUACAGAAAAUCAGUUACUUAUUGAAUACCAUGGAUUGAUUUAACCUUUAUUUGUAAAAUUUAUCUUAAAUAAAUCAACAAAACUGCCAGAAUGAAAUAACUAAAUAGUGCCCUGAUGUAGCGUUGCACGAAGCUCAUUGUGUUUGGAAACUCGUGCUUUUAAGGCACUGGACACUAUUGGUUAUUACUCAAAAUAUUUGUUUGCAUAAACACUUACUUGGUAAUGAG